CGCUGUUUUCCCUGCGGAUAAGAGGUGCCUGUGGUUACGACAGGCCGGGCAGCUUGAUGACGGCCCUUAUUUUAAAAGUUCUGGAUUAAUCUUUUUUUCCUUGCACCCCUUAAGUGAGUGUGGUUAGGCAAAGAAAGUUUCCGUGGAUUGAAGGGAAAAAGUCGCAAAGCAAGAAAAGAGAUGGAUAUAUCUACGCCCGCGACGCCGUCAACCCCAGCUGAUUCCCUGGGCGGGUAUGCCCAGCGCCAGCAAUCCACACAACCGUCGUCACCUGUGGAUGUACCUGAAGACCAAGAAGUUGCGAAGCCGCAAAUUGAAAAUGGAGGAGUCAAGGAGGGCGGGGAAUCUGGGGGCGUAAUUGAAGAUCUGGAGGGAAUGGAUGUGAGGGCAAAAGCGUUGAUGCAUCUGCUCAAAACAAGCUCGGUCUUUGUAGCUAUCAUGGCAGACAAGAUGAAGAAGCAGCAAGAAGAAGCGAGGGCACAAGCGGCGAAACAGCGAGAGCAGUCUGCAAAGGAGCAGGAGAAGGUUGCAUCCUCCGCUCCUACUCAGACUAUUACUAGACGAUCAGUGCGCGCCAAUGCAGGGCAGGCCUUACAGAAUGCCGAGCUACCUGCCGAUACUCCAAAGACGGAUGGGCGAAGCACGAAAAGAACGAAGAAGGGACAGAACAGCAAGAAUGCAGCUGCGAGAGGAAACACGAUCUCUAGUUACUUUAAAAAAGCCGAUGUGGAAGUUACCGAGGAUAACCCCACUGUUCAGGAAGCCCUGGUUCAUGCCGCAGAUGAACUUGAAGCGAAUCCGACGGCGCUGGGAGAGCAACAAGACCUCGUUGCUACCCAACAGCCUGAGUUUGUUACCGGUGGAAAGAUGAGAAAAUAUCAACUCGAAGGCCUAGAAUGGCUAAAGUCUCUUUGGAUGAAUGGGCUCUGCGGGAUUCUUGCGGAUGAAAUGGGUCUAGGCAAGACGGUGCAGGCAAUCUCUUUGAUUGCUUUUUUCAAGGAAAAGAAUAUCUCUGGUCCUUUUCUCAUUUGUGCACCGCUGAGCACAGUGAGCAACUGGAUCGAUGAGUUUGCUAGGUGGACACCUAGUAUUAAGACGGUCUUGUAUCAUGGCACCAAGGACGAGCGGGCAGCAAUCAGGAAAAAGUCGAUGAGGCUUCAAGAUCAGAGAAAUAUGGAAUUUCCGGUUGUCUGCACUUCUUAUGAAAUUGCUAUGAAUGAUAGGAAGUUUCUCUCUCACUACCAAUGGAGAUAUAUCAUUGUGGAUGAGGGACACCGUCUGAAGAAUAUGAACUGUCGACUCAUCAAAGAACUAAUGACCUACAAUUCUGCGAACCGACUGCUUAUUACGGGUACGCCCUUACAGAAUAACAUCUCUGAAUUAUGGUCGCUCUUGCACUUCCUGCUUCCUGAGAUCUUCAACGACCUUAACAGCUUUCAGAGUUGGUUCGAUUUUUCGUCUGUUCUGGAUAAUAGUGGUCAAGCAAAUUUGCUUGAGCGCCGAAAGCGGAACUUAGUCACGACCAUGCAUGCCAUCCUGAAGCCCUUCCUCUUGAGACGGGUAAAGACAGACGUUGAGACUGCGCUGCCUAAAAAGCGAGAGUACAUACUUUAUGCACCUCUUACUGCAGAACAAAAAGACCUCUACCGGGAGAUUCUCAACGGGACAAGUCGUCAAUACCUCGAGGCGAAGGCUGUCGAAAGACUUGUAGUCAAGAAUCCAACCCUGUCGCGCUCUGCAAGGCUAAAACGCCGGGCCAAUACCAGCGAGCCUACAAGCCCGAACAAGAGACAGAAAUCUAGCCUCUCUACGCCACCCAAUGGACUCGGCUCUAGCCUAAGAUGCAAGUCUAGGCAGAGCUACAAAGAGCUUAGUGACCGCGAAUUCAACGCUAAGUUACGGAACAUGGAGAAUGGUAUUGAGGAAGAGGAGACGGUUGAUUAUAGUGAGACGGAACAAGAGGAGAUUGAAAGGGCGAAGACGAUAAAGCUUGCAAAACAAGAAAUCUCACUGAAAAAGCUCCAGAACCCUAUCAUGCAGGCCCGACUUGCCUGCGACUCCCCCCACAAUUUCUACUGGCCUUGGGAUCCCCAAAAUGCAUCAGCAGUAGAUAAAACGCUUGUUACAGCAUCAGGCAAAAUGCUCCUCCUCGACCGUCUCGUCCCCUGCCUUAUUUCAAAGGGACACAAAAUUCUAAUCUUCUCUCAAUUCAAAACUCAACUUGACAUUCUUCAAGACUGGGCUACACAACUCCGCUCUUGGCCUUGCUGCCGCAUCGAUGGAGCAAUAAGCCAGUCAGACCGACAAUCCCAAAUAAAAGCUUUCAAUACCAAUCCUGCCUACAAGAUCUUUCUCCUAAGCACCCGCGCUGGCGGGCAAGGCAUAAAUCUCGUUGCGGCGGACACCGUUAUUCUAUACGACUCCGACUGGAACCCGCAACAGGAUUUACAGGCUCAGGAUCGCGCACACCGGAUCGGUCAAACGAAGCCUGUUAUUGUGUACCGUCUUGCUACAAAGGGUACAGUCGAGCAGACGCUCCUCGAGAAAGCAGACUCAAAGCGCCGCCUAGAAAGACUUGUCAUCCAGAAGGGCAAGUUCAAGAGUCUGCUUGAUAAUGCGAAUCAGAACGAUGUCGACGACCUUAGGAAAGCUCUUGGUGAGGACGAAUUUGAGCAAUUUGAGACCGGAAUGGAUCCCAACACGAUUCUGUCAAAGAAUGAUCUGGAGAUCCUCACUGACCGAAGUGAGGAGGCAUAUAUUCGUGCCGAGAAAGGGCUGGAUAGGAGUGGGACGGCAUUUGUGGCUGUUGACUCCAAGAGGAGUGGUAACAACAAUAUCAUGACUGAGAUUUCCGGGAAAUGAUUUGAAGGGAUUAUUAUUGCCACUGGGUUAGGGUUAGAUAGACCAAGGGGCGGCUGGCGUCUUUUUUCCUCCCCCUUUAGAGUUGCUGGGAUUUCGCUGCUGGCUGAAGGGUCU